AUGUCUGCCCAAACCCUUACGGAUAAAACCUACCAAACAUGGCCCUGGAACCAGCCCGUUAUUCCCGAGGUCAGAGCGACAGCCCAUGGUUUAAUCUUAGGGUGGACGACAUCACAGCCGCACUCGCUGGCUAUCGAUGCUUGGGAUGGCGAGCUGACCUACAGCGAGCUAGACAGGCUCGUCCGGCGCCUGGCCGGAUAUCUGGUGAGUCGCGGAAUUGGCACCGAUGAGAUCGUGCCCUUGUAUUUCGACAAGUCGUGCUGGACCAUCGUCUCCAUGCUCGCCGUUCUUCAAGCGGGCGGAGCAUUCCUCGCCCUAGACCCUGCACAGCCGAAAAGUCGUAUCGCAGACAUGCUUGUCCAAACACGAUCCCGGCUGGCCUUGACGUCUAUUAAGUACGCCGAAACCUGUCGCGAACUCGUUCCGGAGGUAUUCGAGGUAGCCGCGGAGCAGCUUGGCAGCUUAGAAGACCCAGAGGACUUACCGGUUGUUAGCCCCGAUACGGCAGCUUACACCAUAUUCACGUCGGGAAGCACGGGAAAACCCAAGGGGGUGGUGAUAGAACAUGUUCAGCUAUGUACCAGCAGCUUGGCAGGCGGGAAAUCCAUGGGUUUUCACACGAGACAACCCCGCAUGCUUCAAUUUGCAUCAUACGCCUUCGACGCCUGCAUUCUUGAGAUCAUGAACACGCUCGUUUACGGUGGCUGUCUUUGCGUGCCGUCUGCAUGGGCUCGUAUGAACGAAUUGCCCAAAGCGAUGAAUCAGAUGAAGGUGACAAGUGCCUUCUUCACGCCAUCGCUGCUCCGCAAUCUUGAUCCUGCUUCUAUGGAAACGCUGGACACCUUGAUAGUCGGUGGAGAGCGUGUGCCGCGGAAUCUGGUGGACCAAUGGGCGCCGAGACUGAGACUACUCGUUUUGGCCUAUGGGCCGACUGAAUGCACGGUCGCUUGUAUGGCGUUGGCAAUCAGCGAGCCGACGCCGCACUAUCAGAGUGGCGAUCUCGGACAGACAAUCACCGGCCGCGCGUGGAUUGUCGAAGAAGAUGACUGUAAUCGCUUGACACCCAUCGGCGGCGUGGGCGAGCUGCUCAUCGAAGGGCCGGUCCUUGCACGUGGAUAUCUGCACAAUGACGCCCAGACACAACAGGCCUUUAUUCCUUAUCCGCAAUGGAUGCCCGAGUCGAUGCGCUUGUCGACUGGGCGCAUGUAUCGGACCGGCGACCUGGUCAAAUAUACUCCACAAGGGGGCUUCUGCUACGUCGGGCGCCGUGACAAUCAGGUCAAAAUCAGAGGCCAACGACUGGAGAUGGGAGAGGUUGAGUAUCAGCUUCAGAGCUGUCUCACUGGCCUUGCUAUCGGGGUCGCAGAGGCCGUGGCUGAAGUGGUCACGCCGACCGGCAAGACUGAUGUAGGGCCUAUCUUGUUCGCGUUCCUACGCAUGGCCUCAGAGACCGCGAUUGACCAAGUUGGCUACCUCGACUGGGAAAAAGAAGAACGUGGCUCCCCAGUCAUUGUCACGUCGGCUGCCCAGCAACAGAAUUUUUCGACCUUGGUUACGGACAUCAUCUCGGACAUGACACGAAUCUUGCCGCCCUACGCUGUGCCAUCGAUUUAUGUGCCCUUGAAGCGGUUCCCACUCUCAGUUUCUGGGAAGACAGAUCUUAAACGCCUGCGAAGCAUUGCUGGACAGCUGACUGCGAAUCAAUUAGCGGGAUUUACAUGUAACACCACUGACUUCAUGUCGGACGAGCAGGCACAUCCCACCACCCCCGUGGAAAGACAGCUUCAGGAGCUGUGGUCCAACCUCUUUCAUGCCGAAUUAAAAAGCAUCGGUGUGCAAGAUAAUUUCCUAUGGCUAGGAGGAGACUCCGUCUCUGCCAUUGGGUUGGUCGCUGCGGCGCGGUCCCGCGGGCUCCUGUUGACAGUAGAAACAAUCCUCUCACACCCAGUACUGUCAGACAUGGCAGCACACACGAAAUUUACAAAGGCGGAGUCAGAGGAUGCCUUAGGGAUGACUUCAACAUUUUCCUCAUUUGCGCUGUUAGAGCCAGGCGUGGACGUGGAGGAGGUCUGCAGACUGGCUAGUGGUCAAUGCCAGAUCGACCCGAGUCUCAUCGAGGACAUCUACCCGUGCUCGCCCGUUCAGGAGGCACUUAUGGCACUUUCUAUCAAGAGCCCCAGCGCAUACCUUAUGCAGUUCGUACACUCGCUCCCUAAUUCAGUGGAUUUGGAGCGGUUCAAGGCCGCUUGGCGGACCGUGGCCGUACAUAACCCCAUCCUGCGCACUCGCUUCGUCAACGAUGAUGCUCACGGAACGCUCCAAGUCGUCGUGAACGAGCAAAUACCCUGGAUUGAAGUGGAUGACCAAGUCCCCUUGGAGUCAUUCCUCGCGGAAGACUUGAAAAACCCACUGCGCCUAGGUCAGCCGAUGUCUCGAUGUGCAGUCUGGCGCCGCUCCUGCAGUGAUUUCCCGGAUCAUUCAGGCUAUCACUUCGUUUGGACAGUACACCACUCAAUCCUGGACGGCUGGUCGUUACAGCUGGUACUAUCUCGCGUACAACAGGCCUAUGAUGAAAAGCAGCCACAGAAUAUCUUCGAGAAUACCGGGAGCUUUAACCGUUUCAUCCACCAUCUGUCGACAAUAGACACUGACGCAGCAAUAAACUUCUGGUCCGCAAAACUCUCAGGCGCUCCGGUGUCCGAUUUCCCAUCGCUCCCGUCUCACAGUCACCAUGCAGUGGGAAACGCGCACCUAGACCUUGCAACUGCGGUUCUGCCCCGGAAGCAGGAGUCUGGGAUUACCACCGCAACGAUAAUUAAGGCUGCAUGGGUCUUGCUUGUCGGAAGUUAUUCCAAUUCCACGGAUGUUGUCACGGGUCUGACCCUGAGCGGCCGCACGACACAACUUCCUGCAAUUGAGUCCCUCGUUGGGCCGACCAUCGCGACCGUGCCAUUCCGAGUAAAAUUCCAGAAGGACCAGCUCGUCAUUGACCUGCUCCAGAGCAUACAGCAGCAGUACCUAGACCUACUUCCAAACCAGCAUAUUGGACUGCGACAGAUCAGUCGCAUCAGUCCCGAAACCAAGGCUCUCUGCAAUCUCCGCACCCUGCUCGUCAUUCAGUCGACAGGGCAGCAGUCCAAAACGUCUUCUGACUUGCUCUUUGAUACUAAAGUGAUGCCAGUCCGUCUUGACUUUGCUCUGACCAUCGAAUGUACCCUCGAAGCAGCCAAUCGUGUUCAGGUUCGCGCCAUGUAUGACGAUCGUGUGUUGGAGCACGCUCAGGUGCAAAUCCUUCUCAUUCAGUUUGAGCACAUACUCCAGCUUCUCUCACACGAGGAACCAACCACUCGGGUCUGGGAGGUCUGCGGCAUUAGCGAUGCGGGUAUGACCCAAGUGCUGCAGUGGAAUAAUACAGUGCCCGAGGCAUCCGACGCCUGUGUGCACCAACUCGUUGAUCGGCGCAGUAAAAUCCAGCCAGAGGCCCCCUCAAUCUGCGCCUGGGACGGGGGGAUGAGCUAUGGAGAGCUUGCUGGGCUUACUACUUGUCUGGCAUCUUAUCUCAUACAACAGCAUGCCGUGGGACCCGGCGUGAUUGUCCCGGUGUGUUUCGAGAAGUCCAAGUGGGCGAUCAUCGCCAUGCUGGCUACCUUAAAAGCAGGCGGUGCGGUGGUUUGCCUAGAUCCAGAGCACCCUACACAUCGCCUGCAAAUGAUUCUGCAGGAUCUAGGCGAGUCUUGUGCUGGAUGUGUUCUUACGUCGACAAAAUCUGCGACUAUUUUCACUGCUAUGGCGUCAAUAAACCCUGUUACGGUACAAUCUAGCCUAUUCCAGGACCUACGAGCUUCGCCUUCACCCAAAAAUCUGACACCCCCGUCGACUGCACCCUCGGACCCCGCCCUCGUCGUCUUCACCUCCGGCUCGACAGGCAAACCCAAGGGUAUUGUAAUUGAGCAUAAAGCCGUCUGCACCAGUCUGCGAGAGCAUGGAGCCGCAAUAAAACUGGGCAUUUACUCUCGUGUCCUCCAGUUUGCAGCCUACACAUUUGAUAUUUCGUUUGGUGAUGUCUUCGCCACCUUGGUUCACGGCGGCUGUAUUUGCAUCCCUUCCGCCUCAGACAGAUUGAAUGAUCUCCCUGGCGCAAUCAGAUCGCUAGGAGCUAAUCACGCCAGUCUGACAGCGGCAGUUAUCAACCAGAUUGAACCAGCAGAGGUGCCUGGAUUGAAGGUCCUGGUAUCCGCCGGCGAGGCAAUGUCUAAGGACCUGAUCGAGAAAUGGGCGGAUCAUGUCCAGUUUAUCAAUAUGUACGGUCCGGCCGAAUGCACCAUCUACAGUAUCGGAACCAACGUCCUCCAGAGGACAGACGAUCCUACCUUGAUUGGCCGAGGAGUUGGCAGCGCGGUCUGGAUUGCCGACGUGGGCAAUCAUAAUGUACUGGCCCCAAUUGGUGCGGUCGGAGAGAUUCUAAUCGAGGGCCCGAUCUUGGCGCGAGGCUACUUGAACGACGAAAUCAAGACCAGGGCUUCGUUUAUAACAUCACCACCCUGGCUACCCAAGGACCGGUCGUCGCGGCGUCUAUACAAGACGGGAGAUCUGGCGCGGUACACUAGCGAUGGCCAUAUUAGCUUUGUCGGUCGCGCAGAUGGUCAAGUCAAGCUGCGGGGACAAAGAGUCGAAAUCGGGGAAAUUGAGUACAACCUCCGGCAUGUCCUUGCCGAAGCUGCAGUGACUGACCCAGUGGUGGAUGUCGUUCAACUACUUGAGAAGAAGCAGAGCGCAUUGGCAGCCUUCUUGGUAGUGCUAAAUGAACAUCCAGAUAAUGAGAGCGAAGGGGAGGAGAAUGAUUGUCAUCAUAUCGUUGACAGCUCAGCAGAUGCAGUCAAACGACUACAUAAACUCACCAGGGGUUUAGAGAACAAGCUAGGAGCCACCUUGCCAGGCUAUAUGGUCCCGACUGUGUUUAUUCCCUUGCGACGAAUCCCUCUCUCUGCGUCGGGCAAGGUUGACCGCAGACUUCUGCGACAGCUUGCUUCUUAUCUAUCAGAGGACGAGCUGGCUUUGUUUCGGGGGAUUAGUCAAAGCGAGCGACCUUUCACAAACUUGACGACCCGUGAGCAACAGCUCCGGGGUCUGUGGCAGAGCCUGCUUGAAACUCAGAGCAUUUCAUCCGAUGACAACUUCUUCCACCUCGGCGGAGACUCAAUAACCGCGAUGAGAUUAGUGGCAGCUGCCCGCAAAGAGGGACUGGCUCUCACCGUGGAGCAAAUCCUGCGAUCUCCGGUGUUAUCUGAAAUGGCAAAGGCGCUGAUUCCCUGCGAACAGAAGGCCGUAACCCCCGUGGAGCCCUUUGCACUCUUACCGGAGAACAAGCAGGCUGAGCUCAUCGAUGUGGCCGCUUCGCAGUGUAGAAUUCCAACCGCUGAGAUUGAAGACUUGUAUCCUACUACACCGGUCCAAGACUAUUUCGCAGCGCCAUGGACACGAUACCAGGCACAGUGCGUCUUCAUAAUCCCAUCAAGCAUCGAUCUUGUACGGUUCAUGGCUGCUUGGGAUGCGGUUGCCACUGCUCGGCCUUUACUUCGAACUCGUCUUAUCCAGAUAGACCCCUCACUGCUUGGUCGCACAACUGGCCAUGUGCAGGCCGUGAUAAAAGAGAACAUCCGCUGGCAACGCGAAACCUGCUUGGAGAACUAUCUAGAGCGCGAUCGACAAGCAGUUAUGGGAUUUGGCGACGCUCUAAACCGAUUUUGCAUCGUGGAGGAGAAUAGCAUGGAUGAAGACAGACGACGGUUCUUCGUGUGGAGCGGCUCACAUGCCUCAUACGACGGUGUCUCUCUGGAUCUGACAUUCAAGGAUGUCGAGAGGGCAUAUCGCACGGGCAGCCCACCUCUCCGUGGCCUGCAGUUCAACCAGUUUCUCAAACACGUGCUCCACUCCGACAUGAGCACCCAAGCCACAGCCUUCUGGCAUUCGCAAUUGUCUGGCUUUCAGCAGCAGAAGCAGCGCCCCGGUAGUGCGAUCCUCUGCACUGUCCCCGAUGGCUAUCAGCCUAACCCGGAGACCAAACUGUGUCGUGACUUCGACGUUCAGCCGAAGAAUGGUGGCCAGUCAGGAAUAACUCUGUCCACAAUGGUAGAAGUUGCCAUGGCCCUCGUCUUUAGCCGACUCCUCGGCACCCCGGACGUAAUCUUCGCGCAGUUCCGGACUGGGCGCAACAUUUCCCUGCCAGGAAUUGAAGACAUGAUGGCACCGGCAAUGACACGCGUGCCUCAUCGCAUCGCAGUCAAUCCUAGCCAGUCUAUCUUGCACCUAUUAUCGACUGCACAGCAGGGGCUCGCGGAGAUGGGGCCAUACGAGCAUCUCGGUUGGCACCGCAUCCGGGAGAUCAGCGAUGAUGCGCGAGCGGCAUGCGAUGAAGCAAUUCAUCUCACCAUCAUGGCUGGGUCAAAUUUUGUCACUGCGCAGCUUGGGGAGGAGCUUGGCUUGAAGCAAAUCUGGUCUGGCAAGACGACUCAUGUGCCGUUCCGAUUUGCUGUCACGACGACACCCGGGGGCCAUGUUAAUGCUGAUACUAAAUUCGAUGCGCACCUCGUACAGGUCGCACGCAUGGACCAGAUUUUGCGGUACUUUGAGCAGGCACUACGCCAGUUGGUUGACGUGGAUGAUGUGGCCCAGACGGUGGCAGAUAUCUGGUUUGAGGAUGACUGGGGACAGGCAUCUGUGCAGAGCAAUGAUGUCAGUGCAGGCUCUGCGCAAGCGCGGGCUAGGGCGAUUCAGAAAGUUGAGUGA